AUGGAGGAGGAGGAAGAACUCAGAAACGCGACCCUGAUGCCAUGGAUAUCGACGCCGUCUCCCGAGACCAAACACAUCGAGAAGGACGAUGCUUCAAUUGCGAAGGCAAAGGACAUAUUGCCAGAAAUUGCCCUUCGCCCAAGAAACCUCAGCAAUGAGAUCAGCAAGGAAGAUACCAACCCAAUCGCUCGCAACAGGGCAACCGCUCUCAGACAAACCAACGUUCAGGAUAAUGGAAUAAAGGAAAUUCCACCAAUAGAUUUGGUCAAAGAAGUAACCAAACUCUCUCAGGACGAUGCUAAGGAUCUUUUCACCCAUUACCUCCUCGAAGCUAAUCCGGAUUUUCAUGUCUGA